GAACAAAUUUCAAUUCCAGAAAUUUGAAUUUGUUCAUCUGGGCUUUAUAUGCUGCAACUUCUCUAUUGUUAACUUCUAUCACACCUAACUAGGACUUGCCAUAAAGAACCAACAAUGACCGGUGACAAGAUCCUUGUACUGGGUGGUACAGGCCCUGCUGGAAUAUGUGUACUUCGAGAACUCGUCUUUCGCAAACAUUCUAUAGUAGUCUACGCUCGAAAUCCCUCCAAAAUACCUUCAGAUCUGGCAACGAAUUCCCUUAUUGAGAUAAUCAAAGGCGACUUGCUUGACCAAGAGGCCCUUGCUUUGGCGGUUGCACCUUGUUCAGUUAUCAUCUCCCUACUUGGCCCCAGUAUAAAAGACAAAAACAUCAACAUUGACCCAACAGCCUACUCCAGCUUUUACGAGCUCCUCUUCCCUAUUAUGCGCGCCAAUAAUGUUCGUCGUGUCUUUGCGAUGGGCACACUUUCUAUCAGGCGGCCCGAAGACAAAUUUUCUGUCAUACAGUACCUAGUUAGAGGUCUUAUGCCAAUCCUAGCAAGCGCAGCAUAUCAGACCGUCAUGAAUAUUGCAGCUACAUUUGACAAGUUAACAUCGAGAGAAGAGAUUGACUGGACAGUAUUUCGUAUUGCUGGUAUACCCGGCGGGGAUGAUGAAGCGAGUUGGAAAGCUGAUAGGGAAGGUGGUAGAGACUUUGUUGGUGCCGUUGGAGGAAAGGGCUGGGCUAUGAACCAGAAGAGAGGAGCGUUGGCAAGAUGGUUAGUAGAUGCGGCCGAGGGGAAGGCAAAUGAGUGGAUCUGUAGGAUGCCUGCUGUUGCUGCUGGGGUGGCAUAGGGCCUGCUGAGGCGAUGUUAUAUAAUAAAUGCCA